UCGCCUCACUUUUGCUACUAUGCUUCAACAUAAGUCAUUAGAGUCCAAGCUGGAAUGUUAUAUUAGUAAUUGAAUAUACUUACCUAUAUAUCAUCUUGGGGUGGAGGAAUUUGAAAAGACCAGAGGCAACGGGACGCACUUCCAAAGAGCUCUGCACUAAUCUAGGUCUAAUAGUGCCUCAGUUUGCAAGUCUGCGCCAAAGAGUGAUCUAAUCAUUUUCCCUUUUCCCAUCAUGCAGCCUGACUCACCUCUGUUCGCACUGCCUAGCGAGAUUCGGGAUCGCAUCUAUGAUUUUUAUCUCGCCUACCACCACAGCGACUUCGUGGACACGCUACGUCCAAAGCAGUUGUUCUUCGAUGAUACCGCCUUGUUUGCGCGGGAUCUUCCCGCGUUGAUGUGCACAUGCAAACGUGCCUACCAGGAACUGAGUCCAGCCGUUCACGGAGAGGCAGCGAUGCGAGUCGAGAUGCGCGGGAGAGUGGAACGGCGGAUCGGUUUCGCAGUCCAUGGGACACUUCGCUUUGAGCGCCUGCAAAAGCUAUGGGUUUUGGUAUCGAUGGAACAUCCUAACUGGAAUGGGUGGCUAUACGUCUUCGAAGACAUAGUGAGACGCGCUCCCCAUCUUCAGGUCUUGGUCGUAGACUGGGCCCCUCGGUCCACCCCAGAAUCUAACUGGGAGGGGCGCGCGAAUGUGAAGAAGGAAGAUGAGUUCUGCGAUAUGAUCAAAAGGUUGAAGAAGCUCCGUACCCUGAAAGUCCAUGGAAACAUUUCGGCAAGGUGGAUUGAAAGGCUUGGGGACGCGGGACCGCGCGUGAUACUGGAUCGCUCGCGUUGGUGGAGGGAGCCUGGGCUGGACUCUUAAACCAUGGUGAGAGCUGGCCCGCGCAGCCAAAGCUCUCAUCUUACCUAAUCUCAAUCCACUUUCCUUUUCGCAUAGAUAUAUACCUCUCGGUUUUCGUUACUGAAUGCGGUACACUGUAACUCAAGAUGAUUGUCUCGGGCUGAGGCCAAAAUCAUCGCAAUCUAGAGCUUGCGUCCCAUCACGUUAACACGAUCACGAGCACUUCGAGCCUGAGCCGGCGGUUAAUUGUUCAUGUUGUGAUGCUUUGCCUAUUAUUUGUUCUCUCUGUAUUGUAUAGAUGACCUCUAUUGAAUAGACAUUAACCUAGCAGGUUGCUCUGACCUGCGGAACCUGACGCGCGUUAGUUGCGAUGAAGACUGAAUCGCGACACACUUUUACCGUCAAACCAUACCUACACUGAUACUGACUCUAGAACCACUUCUGCACUCCCUGCCUGUGCACGAAUCAAGCCCUAUAGCUGUCGUAAUGGCUCACGCCGAUCUAUAACCGGCAUUAAACCACUAACCUUUGCUAGUCUGCGGGGAGCGCUUUAUAAAUAAAGGCACCCAUGAUACCUAGUUGGCGGAGCGCUAGUAAAGAG